AUGGCGCUGUUCGUCAGCUUCUUAAUCAACGCGGCGGUGGUUUGUGCCUUUGCCAGCAGCUUCUUCAGCCGCCAGUGUUAUGCGCUCAGUAGUAAUCCUAUUUCGAGUUUGUAUGGGAGAGAUAUCCAGACGUCGUGUAUUCCAGCAAAGGCAGCGUUGAGCUCGGGGAGUACGAUUUACGAUGCUUUUACGGGCAAUAUCUGUGUCUUUGGUGGCGAGAGUGUGUUUAAUGAGGAUAUGACCGCGGACAUUAUCAAUACAGUGACAACAUGCACACCGUGCUACGUGGAUGGACGUGGAGAUAGGUUUGAUACGGUAUCCUUUGGGUCGGGGCCGACAGCUGGAUAUUGCCAAGAAAUUGGUCUAGCACAGGCUGGCGAGGCAGUACGUGAAGCACUUGGUGGGUAUGCGAAGGUAGUGUGGGCCAUUGGCUUACUUGCGUCAGGUCAGGCUUCGACCAUGACUGCUUGGAAGCGUGUGGCGCUUACGCGAGGAGUGGCAUUGAUCCCAGCGAUUCUCGUGGCGCUUAUCAGUCAAGAUCGACAAUUCCAGAGCGACCGCUUUAACGAGCUCCUUAAUGUACCCCAGAGUGUUCAGUUGCCUUUCGCACUUCUGCCGUUGCUCGCAUUUACAUCAAGCACGAGGCUGAUGGGGCCACUUUUUGUAAAUAAUAGGUGGAUUGGAGCUCUACUUGUCGUGGGCACGGCGUUGCUUUGUGGCGUGAAUUACACGCUCGUCUACGAUAUUCUCCUCAAGAACCUCCCGGAAAAGUUAUCAACGGCAGCUUGGAUUGGUCUGGUCGUCGUGGCUGGGUUAUAUAUGACGCUGCUGCUGUACUUGCUGCUAGUAUACCCGUCCGAAACAUCUACAGAUAUUGCUGAGGAACGCGUACCGGAGGAUGAAGGUGUCGUAUGA